AUGGAUGAAGAGAAGAAGGUGGUCUUGUGUUGUGAUCCCUGUCCUUGGUUUAGGAGCAUCGUGUACACUUUUGGAGAAGACUUUGACUAUUACUCAGAAACCUCUUAUGUUCUAACUAUGCAGCUAUAUAUCUCGCCUUACAUCUUUAGUUAUGUUCCUAGCUUGAUUCACAUCCAGCAAGAUAGAGGAGACAAAAGAACAGAAUCAUAA